AUGUNUUUAUUCCAUUGCCACAGCGUUUUGCGACGCAGACGCGGAACAGUAGCAGCCGCACGACUACAUGAAGAAAGGUUGAUGUUGCAGCAAGCGGGCGUGGGCACGUUAUCCCUUCAUAAGAUCCGCGGCAGGCUCAAUACCGAGGCUUGUCGGCGUUUUGAGAUGGUAUGGGGGAUCUUGCGUAACCCACCAACGGCGCCCCAGCAGGCCCAUGAGCCCAAUUUGCGCAUCUCAGGGCGGGGCGCGCAGCUCAUGAAAAAGGAUGGCAUUAUCAGUAUGGCUUCGGCAGAUGUCAUUCCAGGACGGGUGGUGCUGUUAUCAGUAGUAGAAGGCAAACUAAUAUGUCAGAAGCGGUGA